AUGGAGAAGAAUCUGCACGCGGUCAAUGGUAAUGGGACAACUCAUGAAGAUGCCAACAACGACGAGCCUGUACUUCCAACCCGAGCAGACGAGUUUGAGCAACAGGCCGAGAGAGAAGUAGAAGCUUCCAAGGGAUUGGAUGGAGCAGCUUCAAACACAGACGAGGGCAAGAUGAAAUUGGUGCAUCAGGUCCGACAUCAAGUGGCUCUUCCUCCGAAUUACCCUUACAUUCCUAUUGCUCAACAUGUGAGGAAAUCACCGCCUGCGAGGACGUACAAAUUCGAGUUGGAUCCAUUCCAGCAGGUCUCUACGUCGUGUAUCGAGAGAAACGAGAGUGUCCUGGUAUCUGCUCAUACGUCUGCUGGAAAGACGGUCAUUGCAGAAUAUGCGAUCGCCACAUGUCUGAAAGAAGGGAGGAGAGUGGUCUAUACGUCGCCAAUCAAGGCUUUGUCAAAUCAAAAGUACCGAGAGUUCUUAGAGGUCUUUUCCGAUGUCGGACUGAUGACCGGUGAUGUGACUAUCAAUCCCACGGCCUCUUGUCUGGUCAUGACGACAGAGAUUCUCCGGUCUAUGCUUUACAGAGGAUCAGAAGUCAUGCGAGAGGUCGCUUGGGUUAUUUUUGACGAGGUACACUACAUGCGAGACAAAGAACGUGGAGUCGUCUGGGAAGAGACCAUCAUCCUUCUUCCCCACACUGUCCGCUACGUAUUCCUCUCUGCGACCAUUCCCAAUUCUAUGGAGUUUGCCGAAUGGAUAUGCUCGACCCACGAUCAACCGUGCCAUGUCGUCUAUACCGAUUUUCGACCGACACCCUUACAGCAUUACUUGUUCCCUGCUGGCUCUGAGGGCAUCUAUCUUGUUGUAGAUGAACGCAGCAACUUUCGAGAGGAUAAUUUCCAAAAGGCCAUGGCGGCGUUGGCUCAAGGUCAAGGGGAAGAUCCCGCGGAUCCAAGUGGUGGCAAAGGCAAAAAGGGCAAGACAAAGAAAGGCGGCGCGAUGAAGGGCGAGAAAUCCGAUAUCUACAAGAUUGUCCGGUUGAUCAUGACGAGGAACCUCAACCCCGUUAUCAUCUUCGCAUUCUCCAAACGUGAAUGCGAACACCUCGCCAUGCAAAUGUCAAAGUUGGAUUUCAAUACCGAGGAUGAGGCCUCGACUGUGGCUCAAGUAUUCGAGAAUGCCAUUGGCGCUCUAUCAGAAGACGAUCGAAAACUGCCUCAGAUCGAAUUGAUCCUGCCCCUGUUGAAGCGAGGAAUCGGUAUCCACCAUGGAGGGCUGCUCCCGAUCCUCAAGGAAGUCAUUGAGAUUCUGUUCCAAGAAGGACUGAUCAAGGCUUUGUUCGCCACCGAAACAUUUUCCAUCGGACUCAAUAUGCCAGCCAAGACGGUCGUUUUUACCUCUGUGAGGAAGUUUGACGGCAAAGAUUUCCGAAAUCUUUCAGGAGGAGAAUACAUUCAAAUGUCAGGACGAGCGGGUCGACGAGGGCUCGACACUCGGGGGAUCGUCAUCAUGAUGUGUGAUGAAAAGCUUGAACCGGAUGCUGCAAAGGGCAUGGUCAAAGGUCAAGCGGAUCGCUUGGACUCCGCGUUCCAUUUGGGUUACAACAUGAUCAUCAAUCUGAUGAGGGUGGAAGGUGUCAGUCCGGAAUACAUGCUGGAAAGGUGUUUCUACCAAUUUCAAAACUCGAUGAGUGUGCCAGUGCUGGAGAAGGAGCUCAAGGCUGCGGAGAAGGAGCGAGAUGCUAUAGUGGUGGAAGACGAAGAGAACAUCAAGGAGUAUUACGAGAUAAGACAAUUGCUCAAGGAAAAGGGCCAAGAUUUCCAAGCUGUCAUUACACACCCGACCUAUGCUCUACCAUUCCUGAACGCUGGACGGCUAGUUGAGAUCAAGGACGGAGAUCGGGACUUUGGAUGGGGUGUCGUCGUCGCAUAUAACAAGGUUGUCAAUCAAAAGGGACGACCGCCAGUCUUCAAUGACAAAGACCCGCCUCAAAAAGGAUACAUUGUGGAUGUGCUCUUACGCAUCGCUUCAGACUCUGCACCGUCCAAGGACAGGUCAGGUAUCGCCACUGGCUUCCAGCCUCCCUCUGGAUCAGACGCCGGCCAAGUGGUCAUCAUUGGCGUCUUGCUCUGCACCGUUCAAUCCAUAUCGCAGUUCCGAAUCAAGCUGCCGAAGGACUUGCGGGGACAAGGCGAGAAGAACACCGCGUUUAAAGCGAUCGGAGAGAUCAAGAGGCGGAUGCCGGCGGGCCCGACGUUACUUGAUCCGAUCAAGAAUAUGGGAAUCAAUGACAAGUCGUUCAAGGAUCUCGUCAAGCAAAUAUCCAUGCUGGAAGAGAGACUCCAAUCUCUCCCAAUCUCUCGAUCUCCAUCCCUAGCGACAUUGUAUGACACUUUCGAGCGGAAAGAAAGGGCAACAGAACACAUCAAAGCAUUAAAGAGAAAGAUCAAUUCGGUUCACGAUGUCCUCCAGCUCGAAGAAUUGAAAUCGCGCAAACGGGUCCUGAGGCGAUUAGGGUUCACGACACAGGAAGACGUCGUUGAGAUGAAGGGAAGGGUGGCUUGCGAGAUCAGUACAGGUGAUGAGCUGCUUUUGACGGAAAUGAUGUUUGGCGGAGUGUUCAAUCCGCUGUCUCCGGAGCACUGUGCAGCUCUUUUGAGCUGUUUCGUUUUCCAGGAAAAGUCGGAGCAAAAGGUACGACUCAAGGAUGAUCUCGCUGCGCCUCUGCGGACUCUCCAAGAGACUACUCGAAGAAUCGCCAAGAUCUCCAACGAAUCGGGUAUCGCUCUCGUCGAGGACGAGUACGUCCAAAGCUUCAAAGUGGAAAUGAUGGACGCCGUUUUGCAAUGGUGUAAAGGUGCCAAAUUUGCAGAGAUCUGCAAGUUGACAGACGUGUUUGAAGGAUCCAUCAUUCGAUGCUUUAGACGCUUACAAGAGCUCCUUCGACAGAUGGGUCAAGCUGCCGUGGCUAUUGGGAAUACGGAACUAGAGCAAAAAUUUGCAGCAAGUCUGGAGAUGCUCGAAAAGCCGAAUACAGUCGUAUUCAACCCAUCGUGA